GAUACAUUGAAAGAUUUGUGCCUUGUGAACUUGUUGCCUGACGAUAGAAAAUUAAAGCGAUUUUCCGAGGUAAGCAUAAUAGGUACAGGUAUCUGUAUGGAACAGUAUAUGAAUAUACUGAGUUUGUUGGAUAAUCCAAAUGAGCAUACUGUAUAUAUACACAAUUUUUAUGAAUGUGGAAAUGGAAAAAAUGGAAAUCAUGAUAAAAGCUUAUGAACUAAUUAACCCAUUAAUCAAAUGAGUAAUUUACCAAAGUAUUAAAAACAAGAACAGUAAUGAGUACAGUAUACAGGUAAGUGCAGACACAAACGUUUGUGAGUGUUCACAAAUACCUUUGCAUGGCCUGAGCACCAACACCAUCUACGUCUAAGACGGUUAAUUGAUGAUCGUAUCAAGGCUGAAAUUUGGUGUAAAUAGUGGGGGAGGUGGAAACAAAUUUAGGGGGGUGCAGCGAUCUAGCUCACGACACCCAUGGAAAGUUAGGGCUUAAAACGAGCCAAAGUCAACGACGUGACGUAUGCAUGUAGUGUAGUGUACAUAUGUACUACGUAUCAGUGUAUUAAUGAAUCAUAACUGUACAGUACAACUUAUCGAAUUUUGCCCUUCAUUACAAUUACUACAAAGUUUCUUUCAAAACAUUGCAUUAAAAAGGUACUUGAUAGAGAGAUGAAAGGAUAUCACUGUUUCAAUUUUACAUUCACACGAGGAAUACAAAAAUGUCAAAUUUUCACUUGGAUCUAUCAUUGAAACUUUCCCAAGGGGAGGUGCAUACUUUUCAGGGGAGGUGCAAAAAUUCUCAGUGGUACGCACCUCUCCACACCUACUGUACCUCAAAAUCCGGCCAUGGGUCGUAUUAAUUUGGAAAUCCGAUCAUGUAUUUACUAGCUAAGUCCGGGAUGGCUUCGUUUUGUUUCGUUUAGUUUAGUUCAGUUUAAUUUAACAACUUAAUUGGACCAAAAACAAAUGAUAACAAUAAUUAUAAUAUUUAUGGCAUAUUAAAUGGCAAGGGGAGAUGCAAUGCCUUCUAGCUACGAUCCUGUUGCCUAUGGCAAGGCAGUCUGCACUCGGGUUAUUUGAUGAUCGUAUAAAUUUGGAAAUUCGAUCAUGGAGUUACUUUUGACUGUUAAGUUAACUCCUGGAUGAGAUGGAACUGGCUUUGUUUAGUUUAGUUUAGUUUAGUUUAGUUUAGUUUAGUUUAGUUUAGUUUAGUUUAGUUUACAGUAGUUCAAUGGUAAAUGAUGCGAAUAAUUAUAAUAUUUAUGAAAUAUUGAAUGGCCAAGGCGAGUUGCGAUGCCUUUUGCCUUCUACUGUAGUUUGCCUAUGACAAGAGCAGUCACUCCGCAAGACUCCACAUGCACGGCUUCGACUAGUCAAAAGUUCUAUUCCGCUCCAAUUUAAAUAAGUACUUUAAGAAUUUUUUGAAAGAGAUAAACUAGAGAAGCUAUUCAGAGGACCAGCGUGAAUGAGGUUGUUCCAAAGCUUUGACAAGGUCAGUCUUCAGUUACUGAUUAAUUCUCCAUUCUUUCCAGUUCCCGUUGACAUCUGCUCCUCAGAAAACAAACCAGAGUGGUCGCGAUGCUUGGAAUAGAAAAUUAAUUUUCUGGUAUUUUGAGGAUCAACUGAAACAACGAUACGAGAGAUUUGUUCUUGGACUGGAGGUAACCCACUUAUUUUGUCCGAGAGAAGGUAUAGCUAGGCCAGAGUAAAAGCGAAUAAAGAUAACGGAAAGUGAGAGUGACCGUAGCAAAAGUACAAUUAAUACAUAUAGAAGUAGGGGUGGGUCUAGCCUCUUGUGGGGUGUGGGGGCCACUCUCCUCUGCAGUUUGCAACUACUAUCCUCAAAUUACCAUUUUUUGAGAUGGCCGAACCUGCAUUCUCGCCGUUCUGUUACGUUUUACAUUAUCUUUUAUUUGUAAAGUUUAUAUCGGGUUUUUAUCACUUAUGUGUGACUGGACAGUUGCUGUAGCACAGAACAGUAAAUUUGCUUGUUAAAAUCCAGUACAUGCACUAUAUUUGAAAAUAUAGCUGUAUGACAACCUUGACAUGUUUGCAUAUUUAACCAUGAUAUUGAACUAAAGCAUUCUCAACCUCGUACCCAGGCUCUUUCCACUACGCUGGGAACGAGGUUGACACAUUCUGAAUAUUUUCUCGUGAGCUCACAAAUCAAUUAAAUCGUUUCAAGAAAUCGACAUGCUCUAACAGUGCAAUUUCCGUUAAUCGCUUUUCGAAAAGCAGAAAAUGUAUGGUCAAGCAUAUAUUUUAGGGUGUUGCUGGACUUCUCUAGGAGGGGGGGGGGGGUGCUUGACACACUGGGUUGGGUGCGUACCUCCACAGUAGAUCCGCCCCUGCCUACCGAGUUCCGAUGCACCCCUCAGGAUUGAUAGAAUAACUUUGUUUAUUUAUUUUUGCAGAGAUUAUUACAUGAUAAUCUUGAAAACGUGCGCAACAAAGUGUUAGGUAAGAGGAAACUUUCUCCACUUACACAUUCUGUUCCACAGAAUUCGCUAAUAACGCCCCAAACGAUAAAACUGAAAAGGAAUUUAAUAUACACUCAAUAUAAACAACAAAAUAUACAAAAACUACCCAAAUAUAUAUACUUUAUAUAGACCUCGAAAAACCUCUAACCGUAUGUUCAACCAGUACAUAUAUCCCGAAUAUAUCCGAUUCUUGAAUUUUUUGUUUCUGGUGUUAUGUACUUAGGUGAAGAUAUACUGUAUCUUGUCUCUGAGUAUGUCCUCACCGGGCAAGCUGAAAAGUUUGCUUGACCGCGGUGGGAAUGGAACCCGCGACCUUUGAUUUGCUAGUCCAUUGCUCUACCAACUUAGCUACGAGGUCAAGUCGGUUCGAGUGGGUGAUAUUUCUGGACUCAGUCUAGUUCCUUCGAUAUCAGUGUGUUUUUACGAUCUUGAAUUUUUUGUUUCUGGUAAUAUGCCCUCAGGCACGGGGCUUUAAGAUGUUGUAUAUGGGCAAGUGUGAUCGUCCAUUUUGAACACUUCUAAAUUGCAAUUUAUUUUCAUAAUUUGUUUUCAGGUAUUGUGUACGAACUACUUGCUGAAAAACCCGAACAAGAAAAGGUAAAAAUAAUCACCCAACUUUAAAUAAUGCCGCAAAUAAACAAUGAAAUUGUGUUAUUUAGAAAUUGUUCUAUUGACAACAUCAUCCUUGCAUUCAUAUUUUAUUCUUUACCCUUCAUAAAUAUUGGUUACCCACCUUUUUACAGCCGUCCUCCUCCACCAUCAAAAUAACGAUCUUUCCCUAUAAACUUCUAUUUUAUUCUGAGAACGAAGCAAUAUAUGUAUAUAUAGCUAUGUAUGUCUAAGGACUGAAAUUUUGCAGACAUUGUUGUUGUAUUUGGUAAACAAAGUUGGCGAUCCAAACAGAAAAAUUGCGUCAAAAGCUGGUCACCUACUUGGUUGUCUAGGUAAGGUUUUACGUAUCGUCAAACAAAUACAAAACGAUAAGCAAACAAGGCCGGAUUUUGAUGAAAAUACUGGGGGAGGUGGAAAAAAAAUUAGGGGAGGUGCAGCGGUCUAACUCACGA